UCUACGGUUCCCCCCAAAACAAAAAAAAACCCCGGACUCGAUCCUGUUUAUCCAGCGAAGGGAUUUAAACCAAAUAGAUACCAGGAGGAGAGCCAAGGCGCUGUCGGCCGCAGAGAUGGCCGCCGAAAACUAUCACCUCAAGUGGGACUCGCACCUCUCCUAUCUGAACUCUUCCAUAGCCACGCUCUACAAGAACGAGAAGUUCGCCGAUGUGGUCCUGUACAGCUCCUACAACAGCAGCGGAAUUCCUUCCGAUAUACCCACGGUGGGCAUCUCGGCCCACAAGUUCAUCCUCAGUGCUUCGUCCCAGUUCUUUGCCACCAUGUUCGAAACGGCACCGAUAACGAACCCCAACGGAGUGCUCUAUGUGGUCCUGCCGCCGGAUCUCAGCCACCGGGCCAUCCAGAUACUGGUGCAGUACAUGUACAGCGGCGAGGCCACCGUCUCCAACGACAUCCUCAACGAGGUGCUGCGCGGCGGCGAGAUCCUCAAGAUCCGCGGUCUGUGCCGCACCAGCUCUUCCAAUGGCGGUGGCUCCGGCUCCGUUGUGACCACAUCGCACCACCCGCAUCCGCUGGCCGGACAUCUGCAUCCGCGUGAGGCGAGCGCCAUGUACAUGUCGAAUGGCACUCGAUCCGCCUUACCACCUCCACCGCCGCCCCCGUCAUCAACCAUGUCGGCCCAACUUCAGGGAGAUAUCUACGCCAGCAAGCCAGGAGGAUCCACACGAUUCGGCCUGGAACACCACCACCCCCACCUGUCGUCUCACUUGGGCCACCCUCCUCAGCAGCAGCAAUUCCGUGGUCUUGGGGUCUCGGUGAUGCCCAAGGACUCGCCCGUGAUCAUCAAAUCGCCCAAAUUGGCCGCCCACACAGGACUCCUCACCGUGGCCAGCAGCAGCAAGCUGGGCAUAUCGGUCAACAAGGAGGUGGCCAUCGAUCCGGAAGACAAAUGUUGCUUUGCGGCUCCCGGGCAGGUUGAACCGCACACACAUCCACCGCCACCAACCUCAACGACAACCGCUGGCGGGGGCGUGGGUGGAGGAGUUGGCGGAUCGGGGGCUCCGCCAUCCCAGCCCAUUUCCAUUUGCACGGAGGUGGGGUGCAGUAGUUGUCCCAUGACCGCCGGACCAAGUGCUGAUCAGGCCGAGACCACGCUGCGGAGGACGGAGUACGAGGAGCAGGCACUUCGCGAGCGGAAUGAGGUGGGACUGGUCUUUGAGCGACGCCUGAGGAGGGAGAGUGCCUGCGAAAGAUCUCGUGACUACUAUGAACCUCCCCACUUUGAGCACGUGGUGCCAUCCCGCCUGGCUGCCACACCACCGCCACCACAGCAACCAUCACAUCCGUCGACACUGCGACAUCCGCACAACUUCCUCACCAUCAAGCAAGAGCCGACCGACUGGAGCAACAACCCACCAAAUGCCUCCACUGUGUCCAACAACAACAACCUGGAGGAGGGGCCACUGGUGUCGCCCAAACAGCCACUGGACUUUAAGAUGUCUGCCGUCAAGCUGGAGGUCAAUAGGGACCGAGGUACACCCUCCGAGGAGAAUGAGGAGCACACACUGCGUGACUACAAUAAUUUCAAGCAGCUGCUUGUGUGCGAGAUCUGCCAAAAGUCCUUCGAGGACACUAAGAUGUUGGUCCGCCACCUGGGCACACAUGCCGGGGAUCCGGCGGGCGGUACGGAUAGGAACCUCCUGCCAUCCAGCGCCAGUGGGAGUACUGCCACCGCCUCCAGCAAUCUCGCCCUGCGAACAGUCAAAACCUAUGUGCCAAAGAAACGUCGUCGAGUUUCGCAACAGGAAAACAAUAUGGAUCACGAUCACGUCACCCUGCUCUGCGAUUUGUGCUCCACAUCCUUCGAUACGCCUGCGGAGUGGGUGCGCCAUAUGAACAGCCAGCACACGGAGAUCGAGUUGGCCAUGUUCAACAGCAAAAAGGAUGGCGAGCAGAAGGGCCAGCAGCAACAGCCGGCGACCAGCAGCUCUUCCACAGUGUCCACCAGCCAAAUGCAGCCAAAGUAUCCCAGUUCCACCGCCACUCGAUCGUCGCAGUCCCUCAUGCUGCUCAAGAUGAGCAACGUCGAUGCAGUGGCAGCUGCAGCAACAUCCUCAUCUCCCGGACCAUCGACCACACCGAAUGCCUAAGUACACCCAUGGAUCCUUGGAGCAGAAACGUCAACAUCAAAACAACACCAUUGCUUCAUCUAAAAUAUUCGACCUAUGAAGGAGGCUGAAGAAUUUGCGUCAGCAACAUCAAGACACACCAUACAUUUUGUUCGAUAAAUUCAAGUCGUUCCAGAAAUCAAAAAGAGGGAUGUGUAUAAUGCAACAGCAAGAACCGUGAUCAAAAUGCAACCAGUUUUGCAUAUUUUAUAGAGCAACAAACAAAAUACAAAAUCGCAAAAAAAAAAA